CAAAUGGAUGCAAAAUUGGUUGCACAGUGCAGGAGUCCAACCCUAAUAACUUCCCCUCAUGGGAAACCUAAAUACCCUUGUGUGGUUGCAGUGCUGGCAAGGCCUGCAGAUGACAUUUCAGCACAACCAACAAAAACUAAUGUCUACAAAGAUUCCUUUUUUGAUCACAUGGCCACAAACCACAUGUCAAAAUGCCUUCAAGAGACAACAGGACUCAGAAACAGUAAGAGUGGGUAUGAGAGCCUCGUAGAAGCAGCUACCAUGGCUUCACAGAAUUUUAGUCCCAGUCAACAGCGUCAAGUUGUCACUCAAGCACUUCACAGAGCCUUCCCCAAGCCAAUGUUUUUGUUGAUAAAGAAAAUGUUACCACCGUCUAAAUUCACCAGGACAUUGUUUGCGAUCUUCACCACUUUGUUCUUUGCAUGGCUAGUAGGCCCCUCUGAGGUGAGAGAAUCGGACAUGGACGAGGGGAGAAGAGAGAAAAAUGUAGUUCACAUAAAAAAAUGCAGAUUUUUAGAGGAGGCAAAUUGUGUAGGGAUGUGUAUCAAUCUUUGCAAACUACCAACUCAAUCAUUCAUUAAGGAUUCUCUGGGUAUGUCAGUCAACAUGGUCCCUAAUUUUGAUGACAUGAGUUGUGAGAUGAUAUUUGGUGAGGAACCACCGGAAUCAACAAAUGAUCCUGCACUCAAGCAACCCUGCUAUAAACUAUGCAAGGCGAAAAAAAACCAUGGAACGAAUUGCUUGGUUAAUGCAGCAGGGUUUGAGGUGAGCAAGGAGGACCCACAUGGAUGAGUUUUAUGAUCUGAGAAGGAAAAGAGGUAAGUGGUGCAGUGCACUUUAAGCCAAUAACAUCUCAUCUGCAGUGGAUUUCGUCAUUUCAACAGAUUGAGUUGUUAAUCGGUGGUCAAGUGGAGAAUCGAAUAUUUGUGUAGUGACAAAUAAUAAGUGUGUUGCAUCAGAGUGAUGGAAUUGGCAUCUAUAUAGUAAUGAUACUGUGAUGGACAUUUCCAUAUGCAAAGUGGGAGUACAUGACCUAACUCACCCACAAGACAUGACCCUCUAAAUAGUUUCUUAUUAGAUUCUCCAACUACUUCAUCUGCUACUAGUCACUGUUACUUUUUCAGCUCAUCAAUUGCAUUUUUUCAGU